CGGGGGCAGAAGGCAGCGUCCCGGAGCUCCACGUGUGGGCCACGCAACCCGGCAGCCCGUUGCUAGGUAACUGCAUCUCCCCUCACUGCCCCAGCACGUCGUCCUGAGCCGCCCGCCCUGUCUUCCAGCCACCUUCUGCAGAGUCUCAAACACCGUCAGCAGUGGGACCCUGAAGGCCGAAGGGAGAAGCAAGAGCGCAGCCACCACCCCCUGAGCCACCUGCGGCUCUGCCACCCACCAUUUUCACUGUGAAGAGUCAGCUGCCUGGGCCGGGAGGUCACUGCCGCCAUGAGUCUGGGCAUCAUGGAAGAGGAAGACCUGGCCGAGUACUUCCGGCUGCAGUAUGGGGAGCGGCUGCUGCAGAUGCUGCAGAAGUUCCCCAAUGUUCACGGAGAGUUGGAGUCGCCAUCCAUCCGGCUACUGGAGAAGAAAAAGGAGAUGAAGAUGAUGCAUCAUGCUAUGGUGCAGAAGAAGAAGAUGUUUCAGCUCAGAAUGGAAAGCCUGAACCUGCGCUGGGAGGAACUUGGCGUUAAGGAAGCCCAGCUGAAGGCUCACAUCCAGAAGUUUGAGCAGUUCAUCCAGGAGAAUGACCAGAAACGGAUCCGAGCCAUGAAGAAAGUCAACAAGGAGCGAGAACUCAGAUGUCAGCACCUGCGGGAGCUGACCAGGGGCAAGCAGGAGAUGGUGGCGCUGCGGCUGGAGCACCAGCGGCUGAGCGCCAAGCUGCAGGACUACUCCAUCUUCAACAAGUACCUAGAGAAAGUGGUGGAGAACUCCGAGUUCGAGGAGAUCCAUGAGGUGAUCGCGCGCUACAAGACGCUGGUGAGCAUGCACCACGACCUCAUGCAGUCUGCGCAGGAGGGGCAGGAGAAGAUUGAGCGCGCCAAGGCCCGGCUGGCACACUACAUGGAAGAGAAGGAUGAUGAAAUCCUGCAGCAAAACAAUGAGCUGGCAAGGCUGCAGAUGCGCUUUGACCGUGCCCGCAGCAACGUCAUCAUCUGGGAAUCUCGAUGGGCACAUAUCCAGAACACCGCUGCCAAGAAGACCCUCCUGCUUGGCACCAUUAAGAUGGCCACGCUGAACCUCUUCCAGAUUGUGAGCAAGCAGCUGAAGGAGGCAACUGAGGUGGCGCUGGAGGACACACACAAGCAGCUGGACAUGAUCCAGCAGUUUAUCCAAGACCUGUCGGACAUCUGGGCAGAGGUGAAAAAGAAGGAACAACAGCAAGUCCGAGUCUAAGGCAGCAGCCUGGUUCCAGAACGCCCUGAGACGGAGACCGUGAGAGGAUAAGCCGGGAACUGCAGUCCAGUCAGUUCAGCGGGGACCAAAACCCCUGUGCCUUCCUGCUGGGGAGCACCUGGCUGUUUUCCCCUUGGGCCUCACUCAAUCCCUGAAAACAGUCAAUGUUAUAAGAAGUGUGUUCUCAAGUUC